CGUAUUUUUCGGAUACUAAUAACUAAUUUUAAGAUACUUUACUGAUUUUUCCCAACACUUUUGACUUUCAACUUUUUAUUCUGAUUGUUAACUGGUGAUUACAGUGGUAAAUUAUUCCAGCAUAUUGGGGGACAUCAUUCCGGUAAUAAUACCUCACCCCGAGAAUGGUGAUCAUCGAGAACUCGUCCAUGGCGUUCAAACUGCUGAACGGUGUCUUCUGCAUCUACAAACCCUCGGAUCUCCAUCAUCGUAUCCUGCGCUGGGCUCUGCGCACCAAUCUCUGCCGCGAUCUAAACGAGCUGCCCCGUGCCAGCGCCCAGUCCCUGGUGAAGAUCGAGCCUCCGGAUGAGAACUCCAGUGAGUACCGUGUCACCACGGUCCCCGACAUUCGCGACCAUCCCCUGCUGCUGGGACCGGCCUUCGAGAAGACCGACUUCAACAUCCGCAUCGCCCAUUUUGGGGUGACGGAGAUGGCGGGGGUGACGGUGUGCGGGGUGGGGGCGCGGGGGGUGGGCGCCCUGCGGAGCAUGUCCCAUCGCAAUCCCGUAUGCACGUACCACAUCCAGGGUAAAUUCGGCCUGCGCACCACCAACUACCUGCAGACGGGCCGCGUCCUGGAGCGGACGACCUUCAGUCAUGUGACGCGCGGCCGGCUGGAGCGCUUCUUGACCUUUUACCAAGGCCAGUUCCAGCGGCACAUCCAGUCAUCCUACGGCGUCGAUCCGCGCAGUCAGACCGCCUAUGAACUGCGCGCCCGCGGCCUGGUGCGCCCGCGCGACGACUCCCUGCAGCUCAUCUACCGGCUCAAACUGGUGGACUUCCAGCCGCCCUACUUCACCGUGGAGGUGCACUGCAUCAACGAGACUGACACGUUUUUAAUGAAGAUGAUCAACGACAUCGCCGAAGACUGCAAGUGCAGCGCCGUGGUGACGCGGCUGCGGCGCAUCCGCUGCGGUAAUUUCACCCUGGAGCACGCCCUGGUCCGCAGCGACUGGACCGCCGCCGGCAUCAUCACCAACAUCCAGGAGUGCGCCGUGGCCGCCGACCGCGAGAUGGCCCUGCUGGAUGAACCCUUCCUGCAGCGCAUCCCGGCCGAGACGCUGGAGGAACGCGAACGGAUUCCCAAUGUGCUGCGACUGGUGCGCGAAUGAAAACGACUGUGAUGCGACCGCUUUCUCGCUUAUUUGUCGGCUUAUUAUUUUGGUUUUCGGCCUGAGAAUAUGCUGAUUUUGUUCGGGUUACAAAUGACGGUUGUUCGUUGCGGGAUGUUGGAGAAAUUUAUUUAUUCUGUAAGAAUAUCCAUGGAAAAAAUGGAGGAAUAUAGACGCGAUUAAUUCAAAGAAAAAAACGGAAAAAAAUAGGCCCAGGAAAAUUAGAAAGAAACCAUAAGCUACAGCAACUGUAUCUUUAUAUGUGUUUUUUAUAGUGAAUUAUAUGGAGUUAUUUUGUUCGGCU